AUUACGCAAAAUUCUAUGAACCAACAGUCAGGCAGGAUGACCGUCUGGGACGCGUUACUUGGAUACUAAAGCCAAAGCUUGAUAACCGCCUUGCGUUUAUGAGUUUCCAAUCACAGUAAAUCACUUCUGAAAAUAGCUUUAGAUUCCACCACAAGUUCUCAAAAAUGCAGUCCACUGCUCCAGGUGGAUCAGGGGGCAAUGGGAUUUAUACUACAAAGUACCCCUAUGGCGUCACCUCGGUCAAAUAUUUCCCCUCAGGGUCCAGCUCCGUAGGGAGAAGCAUGUGGGAUGGAUGGCGAUAUGGCGCUGGAUACGUCGGCCCAAAUGAAGGGAAGGUACCGUGUUUACUGGUGGGGCUAGAUUACAAAUUUAGCAAUUGUCUGUCACAGGUGUACGGAGAACCCGACUACAAGUACUACAGACACAAUUAUUGUGGUCCGUGUGGGUGUGGUUGUCCACCAGAGGGAUCGCCCAACGGGAAAAAUCCAAACAUUCGUCAUAUCCAAUUAGACUAUAAGAGUCUGCUAGGAUCAGGAUUCGCCCAGCAAGGUUUGGGUCAAUCACAGACCUCUCAACUCAGAAUGGGACAAGGCCAGUUACCCCCAACGCAUACAAGUUGUGGUCGAGAACACUGCACCCAUUGCUCAGGAGUGUUCAAGAAGAAGGAACAAGACGUAAAAUUCCAAGUCUGUAUCGGGGACCCCGAAUGUCCCGAAACUAUGCCGCCGUGUCCUCGUCAAGACGUCAAAGUCUACGUGCCCAACCAAAUGCUACCCGGACCUCAAGUAACUGACCAAGACGGAUCCGGAGACGGAGGAUGCGACCAAGAGAAAAAGCUUCCCGAUUUUGAAGUUCAGAUUCCAGGUUACACCGAUUGUCCAAGUCCUUCUCAAGGUGCUGGUGCUGCUCCUGCCAAAAGCAACGUUUGGGAAUCCGUCGACCCUUGCGGAAAUUGUAAGGCUUGCAAAACAUCGACAAAUACUGCAUCCCUGAAACCAUCCCCUUUUCUUGUAAGAUCUUCACAAAAAUCCAAACUACCUGCUCCCUGUUGCCAGAACUGUACAAAGUGUAACAUCAACGGACAACUCUACACGAAUGGCCCUGUUUUGUGCAAUAUUAAGAAACCAACUCGUCCCACCGUUCUUAGGAAGACUUUAAAUUACUGUUGAUCAUAUACAUUAGCAACAUCGCAUGAUAGAUACAUAUGCUUCUGAACCACGAAUAAAUUGCAUGCAUCCAAAUAACACCUGUAAUUUUUAGGCUGCAUUUUUCAUUUUGGGAGAAAGUCAAAAGGGCAAAAAGAACAUGUCGUGCAUGAAACAUUUUCCACUUUCACCAUGCAUCAUCGAUACUUUAUAACCUGGGGCGGAAACCAUGUGUAUAAUAUUUUGCAUAUAAUUUCGCCACUUACUCAUGUUUGGCAGGGCAAAAAAGAGUAAAAUUUUAUGCAUGCAAUUGGAGAAAGUGGAGUAAGUUAGCGAACACACACCGUCGUGUUAAGACGGACGAUAUGUAGCAACUGGAGCCACACAGACGGAUCGAUACCCAGCUCUUGGUCAGGUCGAUAAUAGUGGAGAAAGACGAGUAGAUGAGAGAGGAAUGUAAACUCGGAGCCUUGUUUACACAGAAACGGGGUGAAAGUUUCUAUAAAAAAAUUAAUUGCUGUUUUGAAAUUACAGUUAAAAGAAUGUAACAAAUUUUACAAAACAUAAAUAUUUGAGAUACAUAAAUCAGCAGAGAUAACGAAAGUAUGGGAGAAACGACCUAUUGUUGUGGCCUACAUCCGAAAGGAUCCGUCAUUCUCAUCGCAAUUGUGGACAUUAUUUUGAGCCUGUGUCUCUUCUUCCUGAGUGCUUUGGCACUCGCCGAUCUGCACAAAGUGUCAGAAAUAAUUGAACGUGACAUUACCGACGUUACGAGUGAAAGUAAUGCGUACCAUGUGCAAAUGGGCAUCAACAAGUUCACCCACCGACACGGACAAGUGGUGCUUGUUCUCUUGAGCAGCUUGAUAUCGCUGUUCUUGGCGUCUGGCCUAUUUCUCGGAGUACGAAAGGACUGGGACUGUCCCAUCAAAGCAUGGUUGAUAAAUGGCUGCGUGAUUGUCCUUUUGGGAGUGAUUUCCCUCCUGGUUCUCUCCGUUGUCACCUACCAAUUGACGUACAUUGCUGCGGUCGUGUUUGGGAUGUUCUUGCUGUUGCGCAUCUACGAAAUCUGGGUUGUAUUCGAUUUUCUAAAGGUGUCUCAAUUCACGGCAAGAAGCAUGACUCGAAGUGCAAGCUCCGAACGCCUGCAUAACGUUUGAAUGCAGGCAUCUAUCGUGGGAAAUAACUCAUUUACACAAUGUGCGACAACCACAGGGGGAUUUAACAUAGGAAAAAUAUUACUGAAUAAAAAUGACUUGGUUGCAUUUCGCAUCUAUGUUGUGUUCAAUUCUAGUAAGACAAAAAUGGAAUUAUUGUUCUCUCAAAAAAGUUAUGAGACAUACAAAGGCAGCAAAUGAUGGACUGAAUUGGUACCUCGGUGUUAUACGCGUUUGUUCUUUGGAGAAAAGUAUGCACACAAAUUGUAUGUUCAUAAAUACGUAAUUUAUUUUCGCUGUGUCAAGGGAGAUGUGAUAUGGAUGGUGAAUGAUGCAUGUGAAAUUGAGAAGCGAAUUUGUAUUCAAAAGUGAUAGGACCCUUCUUAAUAAUAUACGUGGAAUGCCACUGUACUCAUUAUUUCCCGAUUCUCAAGAGGGCAAAUGCACGUAAUUGAGUUAUGCAUUUACAUUGUAUGUAUGUGCACAGAUGUCGAAGCAGCUUCUUUUUUUUGCUUCGUGACACUCAUCACGAAUCGAAUAUGAUACAUAAAUGUAGCAAUAAAUAAAUAAAAGUGAUAGAAGUUUUUAA